CAAAAAAAAAAAAAAAAAAGCAGAAGAAAACGAUUUUACUCAACAGUUCUACUCUUUCCCCUUCUCUAUUCUUUCUCGCUAACCCAGAAUUCUUUCUGCAAAAAAUUUGUCGGAGGUUUUCCCUGAUAAUUUAUUCACUUUGCAUAAACCCUAAUUUCGAAAUUUCUACUUCUCAUCUCUCGAGGGUUUUUUCAGACGUUUCAAAAGCCUGAUCUUUUGCACUGCCAUGGGCUCCGAUGCGGAUAUGGAAGAUUACGGAUUCGAGUAUUCUGACGACGACGCGGACGAGCAAGAUGUUGACAUUGAGAAUCAGUACUAUAAUUCCAAAGGUUUGGUUGAAACUGACCCUGAAGGUGCUCUUUCCGGUUUUUCUGAAGUGGUUCGCAUGGAACCAGACAAGGCAGACUGGGGUUUCAAGGCAUUAAAGCAAACAGUGAAGCUUUAUUAUCGACUGGGAAAGUAUAAAGAGAUGAUGGAAGCAUACAGGGAGAUGUUGACUUACAUUAAAUCAGCUGUUACUAGAAAUUAUAGUGAGAAAUGUAUAAACAACAUUAUGGAUUUUGUUUCCGGGUCAGCCAGCCACAAUUUUGAUCUCCUGCAAGAGUUCUACCAAACAACACUGAGAGCUCUUGAAGAGGCCAAAAAUGAGAGGCUGUGGUUUAAAACUAAUCUAAAGCUGUGCAAGAUCUGGUUUGACAUGGGUGAAUAUGGGCGAAUGAACAAGAUAUUGAAGGAACUUCACAAAUCAUGUCAAAAAGAAGAUGGUACAGAUGAUCAGAAGAAAGGAACACAGCUGUUGGAGGUUUAUGCAAUUGAGAUUCAAAUGUAUACUGAGACCAAGAACAACAAGAAACUCAAGCAACUGUACCAGAAGGCACUAACUGUUAAGUCUGCAAUACCCCAUCCGAGGAUAAUGGGAAUAAUUCAUGAAUGUGGAGGGAAAAUGCACAUGGCAGAGCGUCAGUGGGCAGAAGCAGCGACAGACUUUUUUGAAGCAUUCAAGAAUUAUGAUGAAGCUGGAAACCAACGGCGUAUCCAAUGUUUGAAAUACUUGGUACUUGCAAACAUGUUAAUGGAAUCUGAGGUGAAUCCAUUUGACGGACAAGAAGCAAAGCCUUACAAAAAUGAUCCUGAAAUCUUGGCAAUGACUAACUUGAUAGCAGCUUAUCAGCGGAACGAGAUUCUGGAGUUUGAGAAGAUUUUGAAGAGUAACAGGAGAACAAUUAUGGACGAUCCCUUCAUCAGAAAUUACAUUGAAGACCUGUUGAAAAAUAUAAGAACACAAGUAUUGCUCAAGCUAAUCAAGCCUUACACGAGAAUCAGAAUACCUUUCAUAUCCAAGGAACUUAAUGUCCCGGAAGCAGAUGUUGAGCAGUUGUUAGUGUCGCUAAUUCUGGACAACCGAGUUCAAGGACACAUUGACCAAGUGAACAGACUAUUGGAGCGCAGUGACCGGUCCAAGGGAAUGAACAAGUAUACAGCCGUUGACAAAUGGAACACACAGCUUAAGUCACUGUAUCGAACAGUUGGCAAUAGAGUUGGUUGAGAUUGUUCUAUAUAUUGGUGAUUUUGUCUUCUAUUUUUGUGAUUUCACUCCUCCAAUAAAAUGUUGGACUGUACUGAAGAGCUGGAGUAGUCUUGGCAACGGCAACGUUUUGCAAAUAUUUUUCUUCUUUUUUUUCUCAAAGUUGUUUGUAAUUGGGAGCCUUUUGUGCCAUGCAUCAACUGUAGUUUGAUACAUCGCCUUUGGGCUUGUUGGUGGUUAAUCUGUGGAAAGUGGUCCAUCUCAUAGAUUGAGCUUUUUGUUGCCAUAAAUUCUUGGGAUGUUAGAUUCAUGCUUAUCAAGGAGUAUGCUUAUGAGGAAACAAUCUUUUGCUAUUUGUUUUUAAGGCCUGUUAUAUUCCAUCAGUAGGAGACUCAUGACAUUUUUAAGCAGUAUAUACUAUAUUGAGUAUUUUCUA